GUUCGCGGUCACACUGUCACAACCGGCAAAGAAUUUUUUGCAAAAAUAUUUUUAUUAGUUUUUCGAAUCAAACCCGAAGGAAAUCAGAGGCCGACGAAUGCAGAAAUGACCCAGACGAUCAACACAAAUUGUCUCCUGGCGCUCUUUGUCGUCGUUUUGGCAUCGGAUACAUUUGGUAGCGAUGGAGACUACAUGAAGCGGGACCAUAGUUUGGUGCGUCCCUUUCAAGGUGUUGGCGUCAUUCUACCCCACUGGGACUUCAUGGGCAACACAAUGGUGACCAGCAACUAUAUAAGACUGACGCCGGACUUGCAAUCAAAGAGCGGCGCACUUUGGAACUACAAUCCCAUCAUGACACGCAACUGGGAGAUACAUUUGGGUUUCAAGGUACACGGCAAAGGGACUGAACUGUUUGGCGAUGGCUUUGCUGUUUGGUAUACAAAGGAGCGCAUGCAAACGGGCCCCGUCUUUGGCAGUAAGGAUUACUUCAACGGAUUGGCCAUCAUUUUGGAUACAUACAGCAAUCACAACGGUCCCCACAAUCACCAACAUCCGUACUUGAGUGCAAUGGUAAACAAUGGCAGCUGGAGCUACGACCACGAUCGCGAUGGCACUCACACGCAGCUGUCAGGCUGUGAGGUGCGGUUCCGCAAUGUGGAAUACGAGACACUCAUCAGUAUACGCUACGAGAACGAUAUUCUGUCCGUGUCGACGGACUUGGAGAAUCGUAACGAGUGGAAGAGCUGCUUUGUGGUGGCGAACGUAGAGCUGCCCACGGGCUACUACUUGGGCUUGUCGGCCACCACGGGCGACUUGUCCGAUAACCAUGACAUCCACAGCUUUAAGUUCUACGACAUUGAUAAUAACGUUUCACAUGACGAAAUUGUGCGACGCACCAAUAUCAUACCAAAUGCAAAAAGCUUUGAACCACCACGAGAGCACAAAGACGACCCCAAGCCGGGCAUGUCGAAUGCAAAAAUAUUCUUCAUACUGCUAUUCGUUGUGGUUGUGGCGGCUCUGGUGGCCAUAUUUGCCAUCUCCUACUUCAAGGAUCGCAAUGCGCGUAAGCGUUUCUAUUGAGGGAUGGAGAUAGAUGCCGCCUCAAAGCUAGUCGUAGCUAUCAUCAAAGCAUCAUGUUACGAGUGUCGCGUCUCGUAUCUCUACGCGAGACUCUGCGGACUAACAAAACAAAACCCAACUUUAUUUAUACCGACUGUAUCACGCAUACUUAUUCCUUAGGUUUUCCCAUUUGAUCCUCCCGUGUCCUUUUUCCUCGAGCGGUUAGAGUAUAUAUAUAUAUUACACGUGUUGAAGAGCGUUAAAUUUAAGUGCAAAUUUUUAAUCUGAACUAUAGGAAAAUUGAGACCGUGUUACAGCAUAGACAAAAGAUUAAAAGCCACAAGAAAACC